AUGUCCUCCGCACAAGCAGAUGCGGGCGCCAAUUUCUGGGGAGUGUUGAUCAACCCCGACAAGAGUCCUGCCCCGUUACUCGAACAGCUAUGUCUGGCUAUUGCACAGUUGAUGACCACCUUUGACGAAUACGCUACCGCCGACCUCACCCCGGAUCGAAUGGCCGCCUUUUAUCGCAAAGUCGGCGGCAACUAUGACAUCCUCUUCCUAGAGACAAAGUCCUCAGCCCUGUCAUUCAUAUAUCAGCGUCUCGGGUGUUUCCACAGCAUUCAGCCCACGAAUGAUCCCUUUAAACCGCCGUCCAUUCCAGCAUUGCAACCCAACGGCUUUGUGAGAUGGCAGACAAUCCAGCUGCUCCUGGAUCCUGACGAACAUGUACGCUAUUUGCAAAAUGCCGUUGCACUGUGGGACAUUGAGAACCCCAAUGGAGGAACUUUCCCAAGAACGAUCCCCCGAGAUUCUUUCCCAUCGGAACCAGACCCGGAAAUGGUGGAUUGGCAUGAGGGAGUGAGCCGCCGUUUUGAAUUCGACUACUGGCGAAAGAAUGUCUUGCGAUCCUCUCCGCCCAACUUCCGCACAUAUCACUGGCAAUUCAGCCACAAGGAUGCAUCCCCUGAGCAAGAGGACCACACUUCGAGUCACCGGCCUGCAACACCGCAGUCCCGUCGACACACGGAGCCAGAGGAUCCGUCUCGAAGGAGUCGCCAUAACAGACAGCGUAGUGGCGAGCUCCCUACGUCCGCAGCUCGAAGAGUCAAAUCCACCUAUUUUCCCCGUGCAGAGGAGGGGCCUGAACUCGAAUCUCCCCGAGCGCCAUCGCCGCCCUUUCGACCGAGACAAGCCGCAAAAUCGAGAGGCCGCGAUCGACCGCACUCCUUCGUCUAUCCAACAAGCACAGAACCCCGCCAUGGCCAAGACACCUCGGACGCCUCGUCCGAAGACUCAGGAUCCCCAACGCACGGACAACCGCCGAGAUCAGGACGACACAGCCAUUCGCGGAACCUAUCACCGCCCCGCUCCUCCCACGCUCGACGCCACUCGCACGAACCGUACGCCCGCAGACCCGAAGAAGACGUAUCCCCAGACUCCCCACGGCGACAUACCCACCGUGAUGCCCAUACCGCACACAUGGGCCGGCUGUACGACUCCGACGGCGCGCGGAAACCCCGCCAGUCAAGAGCGUACAACGAAGAACCACCCCCCAGCCGGUCCGCGAGCGUCCGGUUCCGCGAACACAUCUUCCACGAGCAAACCCCCGUCACGCCCUCGCAGGAAGUACCCCUCUACACCCACGUCCACCCCCGCUACAUGAACGGGAUCAGCGAGAACUAUGUCUCGCAUCCGCACCACGCCCGUCCCAUGGACUCCUACGUCAUGGACGACGGCCGCCGACACAGCUACCGCGACCCCACUUCAAACGGCCCGUCAGGCGCCCACGCCGCGGGCGUCGAGCGCACCCGCUCCUAUGCGGGACGAUCAUCCCGGGUCCCGGGCUGGGCUAGUCCGCCGCAGAGCAGGAAGCACUGCGUGCCCGUCCCCAUGGUAGACGUGGACUACCCGUCCCCGUCGGGGCGGAGAUCUGCCAUGUACGAGCGAUAA